AUGAGUGAGGAGCUAUGCUUCGAAGGAUGCAACUUUUUCCGAUUACGCAUAUGUUAUUCAAUUUUGAGCGGUAGGCGGAUCAAAAUUAGAAAUAUCAGAAAGAAUGAAGAUGCACCUGGAAUUCGAGAUUACGAAAGUAAGCUCUUGAAUUUGAUAGACAGAAUUACGAAUGGAACAAGAAUAGAAAUAGGAGCUACAGGUACUAUGGUUACUAUAAGACCUGGAUUAAUCAUUGGCGGCAAUGUUACUUUUGAUUGUGGUAGUUCAAGGUGUUUAUCAUAUUUUUUGGAACCUUUGGUUAUGAUUUCUCCCUUCUGUAAGAAUCCAUUAGUUGCGAAACUCAAAGGUGUUACUAAUGCUCCUGACGAGUUAUCAGUCGAUGCCAUUAAGGGUACAUGGUUUUCUGUUUAUAACAAGUUUGUUCUAAAUGAUGAGAAGCUGGAUCUCAAGAUAAGUGCACGUGGCUUGAUGCCUGAUGGAGGUGGUUCAAUUAUAUUCACAGCACCCAUUGUAAAAACACUCCGUUCGCCUAAGAGAGAGAAAGCUGGAAAAGUUUGCAAAAUUAGAGGAUACGCUUAUGUCUCCAAAGUAACCCCCUCUGUGGCAUACAGAAUGAUCACUGAAGCCAAAAAGACACUAACAGGAUAUAUAGCAGACGUUUACAUUACUGUUGAUCACCGUAAAGGUGAUGGAGGAGGAAAAUCACCUGGUUAUGGUUUGUUUUUAACCGCUGAAACAACUGAAGGUGUUGUCUAUCACGGGGAAGCUAUUUCUCGCCCCAAAGGAGUCGAAGGAGAUCCUUUGACUGCUGAAGAGAUAGGAAACCAAGCUGCUGUUGCUUUACUCAAUCAGAUUCAUGCUGGAGGAUCAUUGGAUAGUUCUGCUCAAUCUUUAGCUGCUACUUUUGUUACUUUAUGUCAGAAAGAUGUCUCCAAAUUUUUAUUCGGCCCAUUCACUGUGUAUAGUGUUAACUGUUUGAGACAUUUAAAGAAAUUCUUCGAAGUUCAAUUCAAAAUAGAAGAAUGGAGGAAAAUUGUUACAGAAGAGCAGGAGAGCUUAGCUAUGGGAAGCUUGAACAAAUCUAUGGUCACAGGAAUGGGAAUCGGUUACAGCAACUUGAAUAAAUUAGUGUUAUGA